ACUGAUUCUUCAAUUUCAGGUAAAAAAAGCGGAUACCAGUCAUCUGGUCAUAGAAAUGGUGUUACAUCAUGUUAUGAACUGCAAUAAUUUAGGUUUGAAUAAGCAUAUUGGAUACUACCAUCUUUUGUUUCUAUUUGUAUUUAUUUUCCUUCGCAAUGCAUCGCAGAAGCAAAUUCACGAGUUACUGGACUUAUGGCGGGAAAUUCAGGAAAUUAUACCAGUGAAGGUGUUCCCAUUGUCUACAUGCCGCAACCGACAACUCUAGUAAUGUUUGGUACUGAUCUGCAAAAAUUAAGCCGCAUCACUUUUGUAAAGAAAGCUUUAAGCUAUGGAGAAAUUUGUGAUGAUUAUAUGGAACAACCUUCAUUUCCAGUUGAAUCAACCAAUGUUACACAAACCAUAGGAAAAGUCGUUGUUACUCUCAAACAUACCGUUGAAGAUGACCAACAGUUAUUUUUUCUCUGUGUAAAAAAUAACAACACAUCACAUUAUUUGCACCAAGGGUCAGCAAAUUAUGUCAAAAUAUCUGUGAGGAUUCAAACGCAUGGUGAAGGCACAUUGAUGCCUAUACCACUUCAGAUAUCGCUCAUUGCAGUCCUUUUACUGAUGUCUGGUAUAUUUUCUGGUCUCAAUCUUGGACUUAUGGCGCUCGAUCCAAUGGAGUUGAAAAUUGUUCAAAACUGUGGAAGCACUGCAGAGAAAAAAUAUUCCAAAGCAAUUUAUCCGAUUCGUAAAAAGGGAAAUUUUCUCUGCACUUUGCUAUUGGGAAGUCUGGUGAACAACACAAUGACUAUUCUAUUGGAAAACAUUACUUCUGGAUUAUGGGCUGUUAUCGGAUCAACUAUUGCUAUUGUUAUAUUUGGAGAGAUAGUACCACAGUCAAUAUGUACACGUCACGGUCUAAGAAUUGGAGCAUACACAAUUUGGUUGACGAAAUUUUUCAUGUUGGUCACUGCACCGCUAUCAUACCCCAUCAGUAAAAUAUUGGAUUCUAUUCUCGGGAAAGAACUCGGAACAAUUUACAAUAGAGCUAAACUUCUUGAGAUGAUUAAGGUUACGGAUCCCUACAACGAUCUUGCAAAAGAUGAAGUCAAUAUGAUACAAGGUGCCCUUGAAUUGAGGACCAAAACUGUUGAAGACGUUAUGACAACAAUAGAGGAUUGUUACAUGGUCGAUAUAUGCUCAGUACUGGAUUUUGGGUCAAUGCAAGAGAUUAUUUCCAGAGGUUUCACUAGAAUUCCAGUCUUUGAAACAGAUCGUACGAAUAUCGUCGCUCUCUUGUUUGUGAAAGAUUUAGCUUUCGUUGAUCCAGAUGACUGCAUGCCACUGAAAACUGUCUCGAAGUUUUAUAACCAUCCAUUGCAUUUUGUCUUCAAUGACACAACACUGGAUAAAUUACUGGAAGAGUUUAAAAAAGGUGCAUUUCACAUGUCGAUAGUCCAACGUGUUAAUAAUGAAGGAACAGGGGAUCCAUUCUAUGAAGUUAUUGGUAUUGUUACAUUAGAAGAUGUCAUAGAAGAAAUCAUUAAAUCUGAGAUUGUCGAUGAAACUGAUUUUUACACUGACAAUAAAACUAAGAAGGUGAAUAAAAUGAGACAAAGAAUGCCUUUGGAUUUGUCUGUGUUCACUGAUCCGUCAGCAAAGCAAACAACGAUUACACCUCAACUUAUGUUAGCUGUGCAUAGAUUUCUUGUCACCGAAAUUGAACCCUUUGGAAUACUAUCAGAAAAAGUGAUCCCUCGUCUUUUGCAGCAGAAAGACGUUUUCAUUGAACUAAUUAAUGAAGAAGGAGUCAAUAAAGAUAAACUAUACAUUUAUCGAGCUAAUAAAUCUGCUGAUUACUUUGUUCUAAUUUUGGAGGGAACAGUUCGUGUGAUUGUUGGUAAAGAAAAUUUAGAAUUUGAUACCGGAGCUUUUUCAUAUUAUGGAGUCCCAGCUUUACAAGUGUCAUCAGCGCAACCAUCUGUUAUAAAUGAUAGCAGAGAAUGGUCAGCUCCUGGACGUUCUAGAUCUGGUACUGCUAAUAGUGAAGGUACACCUGCUGCAUUAUUACCACCUGAACCAGCACCUACCACUCCAGGACAUUUUAAUCCCGAUUACAGUCUUCUAGCUGUCACAACUGUCAAGUUUUUGAAAAUCACUAAAACUCAAUACGCCAAUGCAAUGAAAGCAACUAGAAUGGCAAAUGAGCAAUUGUCAUCACUGGAAGCACUAAAUACAGACAGAGCUCAAGAUACUGGGAAUCACAGCAGUCUCGGAAAUCGUACGAGCGACUCUUUACCUCCUCAAAAGAAAAUGAGCAGAAACCAUUCUUUUAAUUGUAACAACAGUAAUAAUGUCUUGCAACAUACUCGCUCAUCUUCAGUCGAUUGUAUCACAACGUCAUUACAAUUAUAUGGAAAUAUGCAUUGUAACACGAAUACAUGGUCCCAUAGAGCUUUGAAUAAUCAACGGGUUUCUCCUGGAAAAACUAGAACAGGCCAAGGCCAAGAUAGACCCACUUAUGCAAAGUUUUACCUCAACAAAGCAAAAAGUAAGGACUUGAAUUCAAAAGAAGACUCAACGGAAAAUUUAUUGCCAAAAACAGAAGAAAACGAUAGCUGAUUGUAUUUUUCUGUCUCUUUUGAAUGUUAUAUUCAUUAUAGUGUGGGAAUCACCAAAUUGUAUUUUAGUACCAAUGUAUGAUGCUAAUUGAGAGCAUGUAGAUCAGGGGUCGGCAAAGAAUACGUACAUAAAGAAUAUAAUCGUCGUAAAUAAUAUUAUCGUCAAAACAGCUGUUUUGUUACUAUAAUUCAAUGAGGCGCCGCCGGCCAGAUUAUAUUACGCCGCGGCCCGUAGGUUGCCGAUCCCUGAUGUAGAUGAAACUUUGUGUUUUAAUAUUACAGGUAUAAAUCCCAAAGGCUGGAUAUAAAACGUAAUAUAUUUCAUGCAAUAUUCUUUAAGAUCAGGAUGUUCGUCUUUUAAUAGUGAUGGUAUUUUUGCAGUCUGGUUUUUCUCUAUAAUAUCAUUAGGAAAAUUAUGCUUAUAAAAAUAUUGUAGUUCGUCAACAGUGGUUGUUUUGAAUAUUUAUUAAUAUCUCUUUUAUCUAACCAUAUUUGGUACGUUUUUUCAGUCGAGUGGGUUUUCAAUUAUUUUACAGCGCUUUUCUCAGCCUCUCAUUAAACAAGGCCAUUGAUAUUCAAGAACUUACUUUUUUCGGAAGAGCUAGUCUCUUCUUGCUCUUUUCGGUGCUUACCACUAUUCGAUUUGUUGAUUCAAAAAGCAGUUCGACUGUAAAAUAAAUAUAUUGUCUGUAAUCAUUACACUAAAACACCUAUUUUCAUAACUAUUUUUUUGUACUCCAUGAUGUAUCUCAAUAAGUUGUACGAAGAGCAUUUACCAAUCUAUCAACCUAUAGGUCUGGAAAUUUCGUUUAAAACUGUUGACCAAUAACCAGACAGAAUUGACCAGUUGAUCGAUCGCUGUUGGUGCCAAAGUCACCUCAAUUUGGGUAAAAAAUGGCUUGUUAUAUCAGGUUCAUAGAACAUUUUCAUGUAAACUUGCCCUUAAACCACCCUAACUUGUUUUAGACCUGUUUUUUUUUUCACAAAAAUUCGCUCAUGUGCUCUCACCUAGCAGUAAAGACUGAAGUGCCAAGAGCUACUGACACUAUAAAGAAAGAGCAGUGAAUUACAUGUUAGUAAAUAGUAAUUGAUCCGAGUCCCAAGCAUCUCAGUUACAAAGUAUGUCUCCCUCAUCCUUUCUACAAAAAAAAUAUUUUUGACUCACUAUACAUGCCCCAAUUUGUAACAAAAUGUCCUGCUAUUUAAUAUUGAUAUAGUAUAUUAUAUAUCUUUUUAUGCAAACACUAUUUGUUAAAAAAAGUUCUCUUUGUAAAUAACUCUGUUGUAUCUUUAAUAUUCUUUUAAAUCUUGUGAAGUUCUUUUUCAAGUUUUUAUGAAGCAUCGAUUUAAAGUGGGAAACUUGCCAUACUAUUAAUUAUCUCACAAUCUUUAUGCAUGAGAAAGUAAAGGCAAUACCUAAAGAAAUUGGAUUCUAGUAUAUUUAUUCUGAAGCCUGUACAUCAUUUCAAUUUUGUAGCUGUAUUCUGUUACUAAAUCCUAAUAUAUGCUAAAUUUUUCAAUUUUGAUGUUAUAAUUUAACUAAAUGGCAACUAUUCAAGAAUCUGAAUUGUAAUAAAUUCAUUGGAAUAUAAAAGUGAAGCCACUUUUGUUGGUUUUUAAUUCUCCAAUAUGAAUAUAUAUUAUUAUCAUUAUAUAAAUAGGUAAACACAGAAUAUGCACUUUACUUCAAAUGCAUUUGGAAACUAAACAUCAGAGGAAAGAUGGGAACAUCUGUAAAUGGGAUUUUUAUUCUAUCUAUCACUAUAUAUGAUUGUAAUGUAAAAAAAAUUGUUGUUUACACAGUAUGGCUGUAUUGAAAUAUGCUGCAAAUUUCAAGGUGCUGUCAUUAUUUCCUUACUAUUUUUCAUUAUGACUGCAUUUAUAUUGGGAAGGUGUUUUGAAUUGUUAUUCCUGAUUGUUUUGUAUACCUAGACCAUAUUUUGUUCGGGCUGUGCUAAACUUUAUUCAAAUAAAUUCAUUAUUGCAUUCAAUGAACUUGGGAGUAAAUUAAAAUAGGAAUUCAAUUUUUCAAUGGAACAGUUUGUGAGUGCCAUUUUAAUUCAUAUUUCUGUUCCUUAGGAACAUGGAAAAUAUAUUUUCGAACUCUUCUAUCAGUAAUAUUGCCAGCCCUGUGAAUUUAGAUAAAUGGCAUUAAGCGUACUUUGUACUUAAGAACAUAAUUCAGGCUUUGAUUGACUUUGCGAUAUCUUUAACAUGUCUCCCAUAUAUUCACAUAAUGCACAGUAUAGUUAUAAACCUAAACAUUGUAAGAUGAUUUUUUACAGCAUUUUUUUUCGCCUUACAAACUGCCAAUUUUUUGGAAUUGAUUAUUUUCUUAUAUUUUUCAUUCCCAUCCAAAAUUGACACACUCCAGUCCUCUUCAGACUAUUUCAAGAUAGUACAAUAUAAUUAAAAUGCAAUUUGUUUUUCUCGUGUUUAAUUCUGAAAAUAGUCACAUGUAAUGAUUUUUGUACACCCAACAAUGUGUAUCUAAUAUUUUAAGAAUUAGUGCAAAUAUAUUUUGAUACUGCAGAUUGUGUUUUACAAACCUCUUAAAUGUCACCGACUUGUUUUCCUCUAAUUUCAAAUAGGUUGAUUUUUGAUGAUGUUAUGCCUCGCUGUUGUGGAGUAAACGAAAAUACUUACUCUUAUAAAUAGUGAUAAUUACUGCUUGUAACAGGAAAGUAUUUUCCUACAUCAUAUAACAAUCGGUCUUUGGUAUUUGGUUCAUAAUUUUGUGAAAUCCUUCAAAUUGAAUUAUUUGUAAAUCAUCCACUCUCUUAUACAGCAGCAAAUUUACCGAACUUCAACAUUAUCAGCAUGUGUGAUUUCAUGAAGCUUGCUCUAGUGUUGGAGCACACCUCAUGGGUACUCAUUCCAUGGUCAACUUAUCUUUUUGUUAAUAGUUUUUCUUCAAUUUACUGUUUAAUGAUUUAUCUUGCUGUGAACUGUGUUCAUAUCAUAUAUUUUAUUUUAUUUUUCUUCUUAUAAGAACCUAUGUACAGAAUUGGUAUUUCUAAUAUCAGAUUCGUUUGAAUAGAUUUUUUCCUCAAGA